AUGAAUUUAGCAUGGAUAAAAAUUUUUAUGGUCAUACUUUACAGAUACCCAUCUUUUGUCAUUCCUAAUCUUUACCCCAUUAAUGACUCUGUUUUACUUUUAGACAAUACUAAUUUUGAUAGCGAAAUAAAUAACAAAUCUUAUGCUAUGGUAAUAAAUUUCUAUGCUAGUUGGUGUGGGCAUUGUAAAGCAUUUGCUCCAAUUUACAUAUCAUACUCUAAAAAUGUAGCUCGAUGGAAAAAAUGUGUGUAUGUGGCUGCAAUAGAUUGUGCUCUUCCACAGCAUAAUGACAUCUGUACCCAAUAUGAAAUAAUUGCAUUUCCUACAUUAAAGUUUUUUCCACCAAAUGCAAAUGGUUCUUAUUAUUCAAUGUUAGCUUCUCAUAAUAUUUCAGAGCUAAUUGAAGAAACCCUUGUAAAUUUUGGAAAAGUUCUUGUAAAACCAUUGUCAUGGCCAGAUUAUAGUCUCCAUUCUUUUGAUGAAAUUAAAUAUUUGAUGAAACCUGCAAGUUCAAUUAAAAUUUUGGUAAUUGCCCAAAAAUACAAAGAAAACAUUAUAGGAAUUCAGCUAAUAUUAGAUUUUAUGGAUAUACCAUCUCUAAAAAUUAUAAGAAUUCUUUAUAGCAAAUUAAAUAUUAAAUUUGACAAAGAAGCAAAUCUAACUUUAUUUAAAAUUUUAAGUCCCUUACAACUCACAACAUUUUUUAGCAUAAAUUCCUGCCGUUCUUACGAGGACAUAUUAAGCCUGCACUCGGCAAUCAUCAAAGAAUUUCGGCUCGAAAAUGUGAAUGUUGAUCAAUAUCGCAUCAAAAUAUCGGAACGGGAAAGAAAUUAUCGCCUCAGCCAAUCACUUAGUCGCCAUUCCUAUUCGGACAUUUACAACGUCAUUUUUAUCGAACACCUGAAGCGGGUAUACAUGGAAGACUUGGAGUCAACUCUCUACCACUUCUUCCGAGAACUUCCGCGUCACGCCUCGCUCAAUUUUACUCAAGCUCUCGCUUUACAAAACUUUGUCGGGGCAUUACUGGAAUAUUUGCCCAAGCAUUUCAUUGUGGACGGGAAAGAGUCUCAAGCCGGAUCCUUUUUAUCCAAAUUUCAAGCGUCGUUUAGAAAAGAGUUUCGCUCCAAAAAAAUGGUCUCCGGCAAACGCAUAUCUCAAUUUUAUAUUGCUCAAAGUUUCGAAAAUCUUUUCAAAUACAAGGAGCAUUGGAUCGGGUGUAAAGGAAGUGCUCCAUCUUUGCGCGGCUACCCUUGCGGUCUUUGGACGUUGUUUCAUACUCUUACGGCUGGAUUAUACCUGAAACUUAAUAAUUCUAAAAUUUCACCCGCAUUAUCAGCUCUCCAAAAACUCGAACCGUAUAACUUGCUUGUAACCAUUCGCGAAUUCGUUCGACACUACUUUAGUUGCCAUGAGUGUUCAAUGAAUUUUGCCCGGGCUGCCUCUCACCUAGCUCCCCCGCUCACUUCGGCCAAUCAUGUUACCUCUUUAACGAAUGAAAAAGAUGAUACAAACAACGUCGAGGACGUCAUUUCGGACGCAGAAUCCGCCGUACUUUGGCUUUGGAGCACUCACAACGCUGUCAACGAGCGGCUUGCGCGGGAUGCCUCCGAAGACCCGCUCUAUCCUAAAGGGCGAUAUCCACCACGCGUGCUCUGCCCGGAUUGUGUAGCGGUCGACGCUGAAUCUUUGUCCAAUCGAGCUGGCCUCGGUGAAAAAGUGGGCCCACUUGACAAAGAAUUUGUUUACUCGAACCGCGAAGCUAUUCUCCGUUACCUGAUAUUUCAUUAUGGCCCUACCAAUGUCGUAGCUGUGGCAUCCCAAGAGCUAAAUCUUCUCAACAACAUUCCGCCUUUUUCUGAUCGAUUGAUACCUACGGUUGCUAACAUUAAAUCUGUCCGCUAUGAACCGUAUGCCCUCACCAUGGAAAACUUUUACUUUUGUGGUCUGGCCGCCUCGUUAUCCCUCCUAGGCUGCUUGUUAAUCCUCAUUCUAUAUUUAUCGCGUCGGUUCGGACUAAUUAACUCUAAACGGGCCCGUUUUCCGUUAAAUCUACACCGACCGCUAAAUCCUUUAUACCAAUAUCAUCGUCAUUCCUCGCUGUCAAAUUUGUUCAAUCUUGUAUCUGUCCGCCACUUCUGUCAAAUGUUACACAUUCAAAAAAUCAAAAUUUGAACGGUGGAACAAGGGGUAAUACUAGAAGAGAAUCAGAAAAUGUUUUUUUUUCAUUUUUAUUAUUAACCUCGUUUACAAAUUAAGAUUUUUUUAAUCACUUUCUAU